AUGCCUCAAAAAGAGAUCUGUCCGAAAGGCUACCAACAAGUGCCCGCGAGCGCGCAGCAGGACACUUCAGUGCAUCUCCGCAGCGCCUCCGGCAAGACUGCCUUUGACUUCUCCUUCGAGGUUGUGCGCCAGAACCUCUUUCGCGUGACUUUCUCCUCCGCAGAGCGCCAGAUCCCACCCUAUCCCAACGUCACCAAGCCCCAGACCGACCUCAAGAAUGUCAAGGUCUCGGCCAAAGACGAGGGCUCCUCCAAGACCAUUGAUGUUGGCGACGUGACCGCCAAGGUGGAGUGGGAAACCACCCCCGUCGUGUCCCUCUCGUGGACGGGCUCCGACACGCCUCUGCACCGCGAUCUGCCUCUGCGCUCCUACGUCGCCGAUGGUCCCGGUGUUGCGCACUACUCGGUGCACGACCGCAAUGCCAUCCACGUUGGUCUGGGCGAGAAGGCUGCACCAAUGGAUCUGACUGGCCGCGCCUUCCAGCUCUCCGCUACCGACUGCUUCGGCUACGACGUCUACAAAACCGACCCUCUCUACAAGCACAUUCCUCUCUUGAUCAAGGCGACUCCGGAGGGUUGCGUUGCUCUGUUCUCCACCACCCACGGCCGGGGCUCGUGGUCCGUUGGUGCAGAGAUUGAUGGACUUUGGGGCCACUUCAAGAUCUACCGCCAGGACUAUGGCGGCCUGGAGCAGUACAUGAUUGUUGGGAAGACCAUCAAGGACGUGGUCCGUUCAUACGCCGAGCUGGUCGGGUUCCCACUCCUGGUUCCCCGCUGGGCUUAUGGAUACAUCUCCGGUGGCUACAAGUACACUAUGCUGGAGGACGCGGACAAGGCCCUUAUUGAAUUCGCCGAGAAGCUGAAGGGGCAUGGAAUUCCUUGCUCUGCUCACCAGAUGUCCUCGGGCUACUCCAUUGCCGCCGUUGAGCCCAAGGUCCGCAACGUUUUUUCCUGGAACUACAGCCGCUUCCCCAACCCUGAGGAGUGGGUUGCCAAGAUGCAUGAGCACGGCAUUCGCCUUAUUACAAACAUCAAACCCUUCGUCCUGGCCUCGCACCCUGAUUUCCAGCGCCUUAUUGACGCCCGUGGUCUCUUCGUGGAUCCCGAGACCAACAAGCCUGGCUACAUGCGCCUGUGGAGUGCCGGUGGUGCCACUGGUGGUGACGGCUGCCACAUUGAUUUCACUUCCGAGGCUGCCUUCAAAUGGUGGUUCGAUGGUGUCAAACGCCUGAAGAAGGUCGGCAUUGAUGGUAUGUGGAACGACAACAACGAGUACACUCUGCCCAGCGAUGAUUGGACACUGGCCCUUGACGACGCCAUGGUCAACAAGGAGGCGAAGAAGACCGUUGAGAACAAUGUCGGCCAGUGGGGUCGUGCCCUCCACACUGAGCUCAUGGGCAAAUCUUCUCACGAUGCCCUACUAGACAUGGAGCCUCAGGUCCGUCCUUUCGUCCUCACCCGCAGUGCUACCCCCGGCACCAUGCGCUACUCUGCCAGCACCUGGAGUGGUGACAAUGUCACUAGCUGGGAGAACAUGAAGGGUGCCAACGCCCUGUCUCUGAACGCAGGCAUGUCCCUGCUACAGUGUGAGGGACACGACAUCGGCGGUUUCGAAGGCCCCCAGCCUUCCCCCGAGCUCCUCCUCCGCUGGAUCCAGCUGGGCUGCAUGUCUGCGCGCUUUGCCAUCAACUGCUUCAAGACUUCUCCCGACAACAACGCCGUCGGCGAAGUCAUCGAGCCUUUCAUGUAUCCCGAGAUCACCCCUCUCGUCCGCGACACUAUCAAGCGCCGCUAUGAGAUGCUGCCCUAUAUCUACUCGCUCGGCCUGGAGAGCCACAAGGACGCAUCGCCGGUGCAGCGCUGGAUCGGCUGGGGCUACGAGACCGACCCGGAGGUCUGGAACAACAAGACCCUCAAGGAGGGUGAGGAGCAGUUCUGGCUCGGCGACACCAUCCUUGUCGGCGGUGUCUACCAUGCCGGCGUCACCAGCGCCAAGGUCUACCUCCCGCGCAAGACCGGCGAUGCCUUUGACUACGGCUACGUCAAUAUGAACGCCCCCUACAACUAUCUCGCCUCCGGCCAGUGGGUGGAGAUCGAGUCGCAGUGGCGCGAGAGUAUCCCGCUGCUCGCGAAAAUCGGCGGGGCUAUCCCCAUCGGUAAAAACGUGCACACCCGCGUUCCUGGCGACGAGACUGCGGCAUCGCAGGGUGUCAAGGAGAUUGAUGACUACCGUGGUUUGGAGAUUUUCCCGCCACGGGGUAGCUCGCACGGUGUCGUGUUUAAGAACACCUGGUACGAAGAUGAUGGUAUUUCCCAGCAGCCCAAGACCGCGGUCUACACUGUCCACUACAGCUCGACGGAGGAGAAGGUGCUCGUCCACUUUGAGCGCGAUCAGACGGCUGGCUUUGUGCCUGCCUGGAAACAGCUGGAGAUCAUCUUGCACAAUGGUGACAACCGCCGUGUUGUUACUAGCUCGGGUCAGGAGAUCAUUCACAAGGGAACUGAUUCUCGGGGUCGGGGGGUGUACAUCAUUCAGGCGUAA